AUUUUGCAGUACUUGCCAUAUGAAAGAACUAAUUUGUUAGAAUUAAUAUCUACCGAUAAUAAAAUUUUAAAUAAAAUCAUCACGGCGUUGGCUGCAAUAUGUUGUGAAAUGCAGGAAUUAUGUUAUGAAGCCAAAACAAAAUAUUAUAACAUUCUUCUUUUUUAUGGUGAAGGAGAACCCAAAGGAGGUUUUCAAGAAGGAGAUGCUCAAAUAGCUAUUGGAAGAAUUAUUUCAGUUAUGCAGGAGUUGUCCUGUUUUGUUAAUCGUUGCAACUUAGUAGUAAAAAACACAAUCCAUCAAAUGGCAUCUUUGUAUACAAAUAAUAAAAAUGGACCUACACUCAUUGAUGUUACAGAUGUUCAUUUCCAGACGGUAUACAAACAUUUGGGAGAACUUCUGACCACAUUAAUUACAUUAGAUGAAAUCAUUGAUAUUCAAGUCACAUUAAGAGAACAUUGGACUUUAUACAAAAGAAUGAUAAGCUCAAUUCAUCAUGAUCCAACAAGAUUUGGAAUUACUAAAGAGAAACUGUUGCCUUUUGAGAAAUUAAUUUCCCGACUAGAAAAUCAAUUACUAGAGGGCAGAAUUUUCCUGAGUUGCAUGGAACAAGGUUAUGACGACGGAAAAGCAUUUGUUUCAAAAAACAGCUACUUUGCGGAAGAAUUCUUUUUGAAUAUAAAAAAUUAUUUCAUGCUUAUUGAGCCAAAAAUAGGAGACAAUGCUGAAUUAAAUGCAAGACGAAGAAUUGUAGAUAUCUGUGCUUUGUAUGUAUUGUACUACUCGCUCUUUCGGAUUGUAGAUAAGAAAUUCUUCAAAUCGUUAUGGGAUGUAUAUAAAAAGCUUCCUGGAAUUCAUUUAGUUGGAAAUGUGUUAUGGUUUCCAGAUCAGUUUUUUGGAAAAUUUUCUCCUAUGAUAUCAAUUAUUGAUAGAAAAUCUCAAGAAAUGGUUAAGUCACAAAGACAGUUAUAUUUACAACAGAAAAGUCAAUCACUUCCAAAGUAAGUCAUUUAAAAUGUU